CUAAUAUUAGGCUACAUGUUGAGUGUCGUCUCUGCACUGGUGGUUACUUUGUAAAGUCCAGAGUCUGUUGGUCUGUGGUCAUGAAAUGCUAAUUCAGCUUUAAAAAAUCAAACGGAAUGGUCAGUCAAAAUAUUUAAACUGGAUUUUAUUUGUCAUGUGACAAACAACAAUGAUGGAGGUGUGUUAACAGCGAUCACAAAUCGAAAGUGCGUCAAAGACUUCCUGCUGCACACGACCGUCUGAACUACUGCAAGAUCUGCCCACAACAGGGGAACUAUAAUGAAUAUUCAUGGAUGCUCCACCAACUGAAUAUUGCACAACACUGGGUUGUGUGAAUUCAGACAGCUGCAGUAUGUCAGAGGAGCGAGGAAAGGACCCUCCGUCUGAGAUGAGUCUCUCGGAGAAACAGAGUGUAAGAUCAGGCUCACAUGUGUCCAGCUCUGUGUCUGUGAAGAGUGACCGAUCAAAGGGAUGUGAGCAACCGGAGUUCAGUGAUAAAAAAUCAUCAUCUUCCAAAAGUUUAAGAUCAGGUUCACAUGUGCCCAGCUCUGUGUCUGUGAAGAGUGACCGAUCAAAAGGAUGUGAACAACCGGAAUUCAGUGAUAAAAAAUCAUCUACCAAAAGACUUCAGGAUGAGACAUUAGAUGCAGAUGUCCAGAGUCACAGGAACAAGAAUUUGUUUGAGAAAGAUAAUCUCCUAUGGAUCUUCAAGGAUCUUGAAACAAAAAUAAUCACAUUUCUGAAGAAUGAACUGGAAAAGUUUAAGAAAAUAUUACAAAAGGAAGACAUACAAUACUUUGUGAAGCAUUUUAAUGAGAACAGAUGCAGUAUCAAAGAAGCAGCUCUUGAUCUCACACUCUACUUCCUGAGAGAGAUGAAGCAAGAUGAAGCUGCUAAUACUCUAGAAGAUGAGCUGAUCUUUGUUCAUCAGCUAAAAUGUAGCCUAAAGAAAAAGUAUCAGUGUGUUUUUGAAGGAAUUGCAAAGCAAGGUGACUCAACACUUCUGAAUAACAUCUACACAGAUCUCUAUAUCACUCAGGGUUGUAGUGAACAGAUCAAUACUGAACACGAAGUAAGACAGAUUGAAGUUACUUCCAGACAUUCUGAAUCACAAGAGAUACCAGUUGAGUGCACAAACAUGUUUAAAGCACCUGAACAAGACAAGGAGAUCAGAACUGUACUGACAAAAGGAGUUGCAGGCAUUGGGAAAUCAGUCUCUGUGCAAAAGUUUGUUUUAGAUUGGGCUGAAGAAAAAAAUAAUCAGGAUAUCAGCUUCAUAUUUCCUCUUCCUUUCCGGGAGAUGAACUUAAAGGAAAAAGAAAAACAAAGUUUGUUGGACCUUAUAACUGAGUUUUUCCCGGAGACAAAAGGAUUGAACAUUGCAAGAAGGAACCAAAAAGUCCUGUUCAUUCUUGAUGGAUUGGAUGAAUUUCGUCUUCCUCUGAAGUUUGAUGUUAAUGAGAAGUGGUCUGAUGUAUCAUCACCAGCAUCUCUGGAUGUUCUCUUGACAAACCUCAUCAAGGGAAAUCUGCUUCCUUCUGCUCUCAUCUGGAUCACCACCAGACCAGCAGCUGCCAGUAAGAUUCCUCCUGAAUGUAUAGAUCGGCUGACAGAGGUACGAGGGUUCAAUGAUGAACAGAAGGAGGAGUAUUUCAAAAAACGAUUUGAAGAUCAGAAUCAGGCCAAAGAAAUCAUUGAUCAUGUUAAAAAAUCAAAGAGUCUCUUUAUCAUGUGUCACAUUCCAGUUGUCUGCUGGAUUUCAGCCACUGUUCUCCAAAACAUUUUAGAGGAAAAAAAAAAUAAUGAUCUAGAAAACAAUCAGGCUGAUGAUGCCUCCAAAACACUUCAGGAAUCGAAUACUGAAGACACUCCUAAGACUCUGACACAGAUGUACACACACUUUCUCCGCUUUCAGAUCCUGCAGAGCAGACGAAAGUAUGAUGGAGAGUAUACACUAGAUGUUUCAUGGGAUAAAGAUGCCAUCCUUUCACUGGGAAAACUGGCAUUUCAUCAGCUGGAAAGAAACAACCUGAUCUUCUAUGAUACAGACCUGGAAGCCUGUGGUAUUGACAUCUAUAAGGCAUCAGUGUAUUCAGGCAUGUGUACCCAGAUCUUUAAGGAGGAAACUGGGAUCAUUCUUGGUACCAUGUACUGCUUUGUUCACUUGAGCAUUCAAGAGUUUAUUGCAGCCCUUUAUGCACAUAUGUUUCUAGACAUCAACAAGAAAAGUGUGUUUGUUCAUGACCCAACUAUGACUGAUUUUCUCAAGACUGCCAUGGGCGAUGCACUUAAGAGUACCAAUGGACACCUGGACCCUUUCGUUCACUUCCUUUUUGUUCUGUUACUCCAGCCCAAAUCCAAAAAAAACAUGACUGAUUUGCUCAAAACUGCAGUGGAUAAGGCACUUGAGAGUGACAAUGGACAUCUGGACCUUUUCCUUCGCUUCCUUCUCGGUUUGUCACUCCAGUCCAAUCGGCGACUCUUACGAGGUCUGUUAACUCAGCAAAAUGACAAUGACCAGAGCAAAAAGGAAAUAGUUCAGUACAUCAAGCAGAAAUUAGAAGCUAAUCUGUCUCCAGAGAGAUCCAUUAAUUUGUUCUACUGUCUGAAUGAACUGAAUGAUCAAACUCUGGUGAAAGAUAUUCAGACUCACCUUAGCAAAGGAAGUCUCUCAUCUUCUGACCUUUCUCCUGCCCAGUGGUCUGCUUUGACCUUUGUGUUGUUGACAUCAGAGAAGGAGCUGGAGGAGUUUGAGCUUCAGAAAUUCAAGAAAUCAGAUGAGUGUCUUGUUAGAUUAUUAUCAGUCAUCAAAACCUCCAAAAGAGCUCUGUAAGUCAUUAAAUGAGUUUUAUUUAGCAGCUUUUUUAUCAACAGUAUCAGGAGAACAGUGUACAUUUUUUUAUAAAACACUUUGUUCCAUAGUUAUUUUUACUCCAAUAUGAAUAUUAACUCUAAAGCCCCAUUCACACCAAGAACUAUAACUAUAAAGAUAACCAUAUUAUUGUCCACACCAGCAAACAAUAUAUGUUUAUUCUAAGCACAUGCGCGUUUGCUGCUUUAAACUCUCAAACUCGUAAAAAAGCAGGAUUGAUUCUGACUGGCUGUCAGUGUUUUUAUUGUUUAUCAGCUGGGAAAAAAUAGUUCUGAAUGUGAUUCCAACUAUAUUGUUUUUUCUGUGCCUUAAUCAUUAUAGCUGUGGUGUGAACUCUGCUAUUCUUUAAUAUUGAGAAAGAUUUUUAGAACUAUAUCUUCUUUAUCAUUAUCUUUAUAGUUAUCACGCUUGGUGUGAACGGGCCUUAAGUCUAUCAAGAACUUCUCAGUGUUGCAAUCAAUAACCUCCAUAUUCUCCACCUCAAGACACUAAAGACAGUGGAGUGCUUUCAAAUGUUUAACUCAUUGUCAAUAAAGCUGUGCUGUAUUAUAAUGUUGGUAUUCAAUCUAAUGUGAUUUUUUUCCCUUGUAGCCUGAAUAAUUGUGACUUAACAGACAGAAGCUGUUCAGCUCUGUCUACAGUUCUGGGAUCAGAUACCAAUCUGAAAGAGCUAAACCUGAACAAUAAUAAUCUGCAGGACUCAGGAGUGAAGCUGCUCUGCACUGGACU